UCCACCAUUGCGAUUCCACUUCAUCUCUCUCCCCCACCCACGAUUGUUCUUGCUCUCUCUCUCUCUUUCCAAAGUCAAUUCAAAUGGCAGAUCAGCUCACCGAUGACCAGAUCUCCGAAUUCAAGGAAGCCUUCAGUCUAUUCGAUAAAGAUGGAGAUGGUUGCAUUACCACUAAGGAGCUAGGAACAGUGAUGAGAUCACUAGGACAAAACCCAACAGAAGCUGAACUGCAAGACAUGAUAAAUGAAGUGGAUGCAGAUGGAAAUGGAACAAUUGAUUUCCCAGAGUUCUUGAAUCUAAUGGCAAGAAAGAUGAAGGACACAGAUUCUGAGGAGGAGUUGAAGGAAGCCUUUAGGGUAUUCGAUAAGGAUCAGAAUGGAUUCAUUUCAGCUGCGGAGCUUCGUCAUGUUAUGACGAAUCUAGGUGAAAAGCUCACGGAUGAUGAAGUUGAUGAGAUGAUUCGCGAGGCUGAUGUUGAUGGUGAUGGACAAAUUAACUAUGAGGAGUUUGUUAAGGUUAUGAUGGCUAAGUGAUUAUGGGUGGGAAUAAACAAAAUUUGUCAUUUGAAAGAAGAACAACUGAGAUAAGAUAAGAAAAGAGUGUUUUAUCAUAGGUUGUUGAUUUUUACCUUAAAAGGGUUUCCUUUUGAGUUUGUAUUGCUGUGUUUGUGUGUGUCAUUCCUGUUUUGCAUUAUUUUGUAGUGCUGCUUAUAAUAUUCAUCACUUUGGCUUCUUUUUAUAUAUAGGUUUUGGUAUUUUUA